UCCUCCUGGCGGCAGAGGGGAGGGCUGCGAGCUGCACAGUGCAACGCCGGCAGUCGCCGCUGCUUUCGAGAUUCUCACGAAGGAGUGCGGAGCCACGCCAGCCGAGGAGAGACGCUUCCAGCUCGCCUCGAGGGGACGAGUGGCUCUCAAGCAAGGAGUCUAUUGGAUUUAUAACAAGGGAAUGGACAUUUCUUUUCUAGUCAGGCUUUUGGAGAGUAUAGACCUUUGGGACAUCUAAGGACUUUCCAACUGAAUUAAGUGUCACUCUGUUGUAUGGAGGGAAGACGCUGUACACUUCAAGCUGAUUAUCUCUACAGAUUUCACAGGUGUCGGGUAGCAAUUGUAACCGACUGCUGCCAUGUUCCGAAACAGCUUGAAGAUGCUACUAAGUGGAGGCAAGUCGAGCCGCAAGAAUCGCAACAGCGAUGGUGGUAACGAGGACUCCACAGAACCCAGAUCGACCAAUGUAGAUUCCUGUUUGAGCCGCACUGGGCAAGGUGGCAGUUCGACAGAAAGUGACUGUGCAUUUGAAGGAGACUACACUGUGCCCACUCUACCUGUAUCUGAAGGCAUGCAGCACAUCCGGAUCAUGGAAGGCAUGUCCCGUUCACUACCCUCCUCACCCCUGCUCACUCACCAGGCUAUCAAUAUGCGGCUUCAACCCAUGAAGAAGCUAACAGCCCCGCUGCGGAAGGCAAAGUUUGUAGAAAGCCCCCGAAUACCAGAGUCUGAGCUCAUUCCAACCCUCACAACCUUUCCUGCAAAGAUCUCCGAGUUGGAUGCAUACUGUCCUGGCGAAUCCAACCAAGAGCUGGGGCCGCCUCCCUCAGUUGACGAGGCCGCAAAUACGCUGAUGACACGCUUGGGCUUCUUGCUGGGAGAGAAAGUGAGUGAGGUGCAGACGGCUACCCAAUACAGCAUGGAGGCUCAGGAUGAGAAUCAGAGUUCGGCUGUAACCCAACGGAUUAGCCCCUGCUCCACUCUGACCAGCAGCACUGCCUCCCCUCCAGCAAGCAGCCCCUGUUCCACCCUGCCGCCUGUCGCAUCAAAUAACUCCGUAGCCAAAGACUGCGCUUAUGGGACUGUCACCAGCCCCACUUCAACACUGGAGAGUCGUGACAGUGGUAUCAUUGCCACCCUCACAAGCUACUCUGAAAAUGUGGAGCGCAACAAAUAUGGUGAGGGAUCACGGGGGAACAUCAAGCCCUGGCAGUCACAGAAAUCUGGGAUGGAUUCAUGCUUGUACCGAGUGGAUGAGAACAUGACAGCUUCCACGUAUAGUUUGAACAAAAUUCCCGAUCGCAACCUGGAGACGAUCUCUUCCCAUUCUGUGCAGUCUAUCCCUCUGUAUCUGAUGCCCAGGCCAAAUUCAGUGGCAGCGACCAGUUCAGCACACCUGGAGGACUUGGCUUACCUGGAUGAGCAGAGACACACGCCGCUGCGUACCUCUCUACGAAUGCCACGACAGAGCAUUGCAGCGGGACGCUCAGGGCAGGAUGUACGAGCUUGCGCUAACAUCCAUACCUGGCACACCCACUCACUCCGUUUUGCACCUUACCGGCCCCCCGACAUCUCCCUCAAGCCUCUGCUGUUCGAAGUCCCAAGCAUCACGGUGGAUUCAGUAUUCAUUGGGCGUGACUGGCUCUUCCAGGAAAUUGAGGGGCAACUACAGAGCUCCAACAGCAGCACCAACCGCGGUGUGGUCAUCGUUGGCAACAUCGGCUUCGGCAAGACGGCCAUUAUUUCACGACUGGUCGCCAUGAGCUGCCAUGGCAACCGCAUGAGGCAAAUUGCCUCGGACAGCCCGCAUGCCUCACCCAAGCAUGGUGAAGGAAACCUCCCACUGGGCCAAGCGCCACCAGCCCACUCUACCAUUGGCAGUGGCAGCUGCCCAGGGACCCCAGAAAUGCGAAGGCGCCAGGAAGAAGCCAUGAGAAGACUAGCAUCUCAGGUUGUUGCUUACCAUUACUGCCAGGCAGACAACGCCUACACCUGCUUGGUCCCCGAGUUUGUCCACAACGUUGCGGCUCUUCUGUGUCGCUCCCCUCAGCUCAUUGCGUAUCGUGAGCACCUCCUGCACGAGCCUCACCUACAGAGCAUGCUGAGUCUGCGUUCCUGUGUGCAGGACCCCCUGGCCUCCUUCAGGAGAGGGGUUCUAGAGCCUCUGGAUGCCCUUUACAAAGACCGUAAGAUUGCUGAUGAAGAUUUAAUCAUCUUGAUUGAUGGCCUAAACGAAGCAGAGUUCCACAAACCCGAUUACGGGGACACUAUCGUUUCUUUCCUGAGCAAAACCAUUGGAAAAUUUCCUUCGUGGCUGAAGCUUGUGGUUACAGUGCGGACCACACUGCAGGAAAUCACAAAGCUGCUACCCUUUCACCGGAUCUCUCUGGACCGCCUGGAGGAGAAUGAAGCCAUUGAUCAGGAUCUACAGGGUUACAUUCUUCACCGGAUCCAUAGCAGCCCUGAGAUUCAGAAUAACAUAUCCCUCAAUGGCAAGAUGGACAACACCACCUUUGGUAAAUUAAGUGCCCACCUAAAGACACUCAGCCAGGGUUCUUACCUCUACUUGAAGCUCACCUUUGACCUCAUUGAGAAGGGCUACCUGGUCCUCAAGAGCUCCAGCUACAAGGUGGUGCCUGUGUCCCUGGCUGAAGUGUACUUGCUGCAGUGCAACAUGAAAUUCCCCACACAGUCUUCCUUUGAACGGGUGCUGCCUCUGCUCAACGUGGCUGUGGCUUCUCUGCAUCCACUCACUGAUGAGCAGAUCUAUCAGGCUAUUAAUGCUGGUUCUGUCCAGGGCAUCCUGGAGUGGGAUGACUUCCAGCAACGGGUGGACAAUCUUUCUAUGUUUUUGAUCAAGCGACGAGAUGGCACACGCAUGUUUGUUCACCCAUCUUUCCGGGAGUGGCUUAUCUGGAGGGAAGAAGGAGAGAAGACCAAGUUCCUUUGUGAUCCCAGGAGUGGACACACCUUGUUGGCUUUCUGGUUUUCUCGGCAAGACGGCAAGCUGAACCGACAGCAGACCAUCGAGCUGGGGCAUCACAUCCUUAAAGCACACAUCUUUAAGGGCCUGAGUAAGAAGGUGGGCGUCUCCUCGUCCAUUUUACAGGGGCUGUGGAUCUCCUAUAGCACAGAGGGACUCUCCACUGCACUGGCUUCACUACGAAACCUUUAUACGCCUAACAUCAAGGUGAGCCGACUUCUGAUCCUUGGUGGUGCGAAUAUAAAUUACCGGACAGAGGUGCUUAACAACGCACCAGUCUUGUGUGUGCAUGCCCACCUGGGCUACACAGAUAUGGUGCUGCUGCUCUUGGAGUUUGGUGCCAGCGUGGAUGCCUGCUCAGAGAAUGGGCUCACCCCACUGACUUAUGCUGCUUCUGCAGGACACCUGCCGAUUGUGUCGGCCCUGUGCCGCAAGCGCGCCAAGGUGGACCACCUGGAUAAGAACGGCCAGUGUGCUCUGGUUCAUGCUGCCCUCAGGGGUCACUUAGAGGUUGUUAAGUAUUUGAUUCAAUGCGACUGGAUGAUGGGCGGACAGCAGCAGGGAGUCUUCAACAAGAGCCAUGCCGUUCAGCAAGCGCUCAUCGCAGCCGCCAGCAUGGGCUACACGGAGAUUGUGUCUUACUUGUUGGACCUCCCAGAAAAGGAUGAAGAGGAGGUAGAAAGAGCACAAAUUAACAGCUUUGACACCCUCUGGGGAGAGACGGCCCUGACCGCAGCAGCUGGCCGUGGGAAACUGGAAGUGUGCCGCCUUCUCUUAGAACAGGGAGCAGCCGUGUCACAGCCCAAUCGUCGUGGGAUCAUCCCUCUGUUCAGUGCCGUGCGCCAGGGGCAUUGGCAGAUUGUUGACCUCCUUUUGACACAUGGAGCAGAUGUCAACAUGGCAGACAAGCAGGGAAGAACCCCUUUAAUGAUGGCCGCCUCUGAGGGGCACCUGGGGACUGUAGAGUUCCUGCUUUCACAAGGAGCUUCGCUGUCUCUGAUGGACAAGGAGGGUCUGACAGCUCUCAGCUGGGCCUGCUUGAAGGGUCACUUGGCAGUAGUACGCUCGUUGGUGGAGAGAGGGGCUGCUACAGAUCAUGCAGAUAAGAAUGGGCGCACGCCGCUGGACCUCGCUGCAUUCUAUGGUGAUGCAGAGGUGGUCCAGUUCCUAGUGGAUCAUGGAGCAAUGAUUGAGCACGUGGACUACAGUGGUAUGCGGCCCCUCGAUCGGGCAGUAGGCUGUCGCAACACCUCGGUAGUGGUGACCCUGCUGAAGAAAGGAGCCAAGAUAGGCUGCCAGACUCUGCCCAGUCGCCCUCGAGGUCCUGCCACAUGGGCAAUGGCAACUUCGAAGCCUGACAUCAUGAUCAUUCUUCUAAGCAAGCUCAUCGAGGAAGGUGACACAUUUUAUAAGAAAGGGAAGGUGAAAGAAGCUGCCCAGCGUUACCAGUAUGCCCUGAAAAAGUUCCCCCGAGAAGGGUUUAGUGAAGACCUCAAGACCUUCCGUGAACUUAAAGUGUCCUUGCUGCUCAACUUGUCUCGCUGUCGCCGGAAAAUGAAUGACUUUGGGAUGGCUGAAGAAUUUGCCACCAAGGCGUUAGAAUUGAAACCAAAAUCCUAUGAGGCAUAUUAUGCCAGAGCCCGGGCAAAACGCAGCAGCAGGCAGUUUGCUGCAGCCCUGGAGGACUUGAAUGAAGCCAUCAAGCAGUGUCCAAAUAACCGGGAGAUUCAGCGGCUGCUUUUGCGAGUGGAAGAGGAGUGUAAUCAGAUGAACCAGCAGCAAGAGGAGCAAGUAGAAAUUGAGCAGCCACCUUCACCACCACCGCCGCCUCCUCCUCCUCCUCCUCCACCUGUGGAGGAGCCUCCUCCACCUCCUCCUCCUCCUCCACCACCACCUGAGCCACGACUUGAGGAUAUGGAGCCUGUGCAAGAUCUCUUUGAUGAGGACUACCUGGAGCAGGACUUAGACAAUAUGUCCAUUGGUCUGCAGACAGAUUCUGGGCCCAGCCCUACUGGACUUCCCAUCAUACAGAGCCCACCACCUUCUCCAGCCCACAGAGACUCUGCAUAUCUCUCAGGAAGUUCACCACUGGGUCAAUCCUUUGACUUCCGCCCCAGCCCACCUUCAAUGGCAUCUCCAACCCGCCAAAGCUACCAGUCAACCUCACCUUCUCUUUCGCCCACCCAUCAGAACUCCCACUAUCGACCAAGCCCGCCUCACACUUCUCCAGCACACCAGGGAUCAUCCUAUCGUUUCAGCCCCCCUCCUCCUCUUAGUAGCAGUGGAGGAAGCCAGGGAAAGGACUACCAAAGCCCCCCACCUUCUCCGUUACGUAGGGGGCCACAGUAUAGAGCCAGUCCUCCAUCCGAGAGCAUGUGUAUCUACAGACCCCAGUCGGGAUCACCUGUGCGGUAUCCGCAAGAGCAGCUGCCUGGAAGGCCCAAAUCACCUCUGUCAAAGAUGAGCCAGAGAUCUUUUCAGCUAACUUCCCAGAGUUCCCAGACGUCUCAACACCCACAGCAACAAGGGCUGCGCCUACAGCCGGCCAAAGCCCAAAUUGUCCGUACCAACCAGCCCAGUUCAGCCGUCCACUCCAGUGCAGUUAUGACUGGUGGCCCAUACGGGCAGAUGGUGCACUCCAUUAGUAGUCGUUAUCAGGGAACCUCAAUGGAUGUUGAUACCCGCCUAGUCUACCAGCCAUCCCUCGAAGGAAGGCCCAUGCAGCAAGUCCAAGCUAGCUUAAGUGCAGGGGCCAUUUGUCAGCAUGGUGGGAGAGGCGGAGUGGACUCGGGCUUGGCUAAAGAAGAUCUUCCACAGAGGCCAUCAUCGGCUUAUCGAGGCGGAGGGGUGCGCUAUAGCCAGACCCCUCAGAUCAGUCGUAGUCAGUCUGCUGCCUAUUACCCUGUAUCUAAACACGAGCUUGAACGUUCUGCAGCUAUCCCCCAGUGCCAGCUGGGAUCUCCAGAGAUCCCUCAUAUUGUGCGUCGGCCUGUCAGUGCAAACACUUCCGAGAUCAAGCCUCACCCCCCAACUCCACGACCUCUGAUCCAUUCCCAGAGUGUGGGCCUCCGAUUCUCCCCGUCCAGCACAAGCCUUUCCUCUGGAUCUGCCUGCAACCUGGCACCUAGCUUCCGCCCGUCUGCUUCCAUCCAACAAAUGGAGAUCCCACUCAAGCCGGCCUACGAACGCUCUUGUGAGGACCACUCCCCUGUCUCUCCAACUCAAGGAGGAGAAAUAAGAGGUGGUUAUCAAGGGGAGACCACCCGAUCUAGGACAACCCCGUUUAUGGGUAUCAUUGACAAAACAGCCCGGACUCAGCAGUACCUCCACCAGCCGUCGCGUCCCUGGGCCAUCUCGUCAUUGGACACAGUGAUUACCAGCCCCACCUCCCCUGGCAGCCUGGCCCAGCAAGGGGGUGUGGGUGGUGGCUCUUCCUAUAGUCCCCCUUCUUCCCUGGGAAACAUUGCAUAUUACAACAAGACAAAUAAUGCCCAAAAUGGACACCUGCUCGAGGAUGACUACUACGCACAGCCACCGCCUUCACUUGGUAAGCUUGCCAACGGCUCACGCUCAAGCAGUGGGGGAGACCUUUUGGAGAGGGUAAGCCAAAUGCCAACAUAUCCUGAUGUCAAGGUGGCCCGGACGCUGCCUGUAGCGCAGGCGUACCAGGACAACCUCUACCGUCAACUUUCACGUGACGCCAGGCAAGGGCAAACGUCACCUAUCAAACCAAAGAGACCUUUUGUUGAGUCAAAUGUAUAGAAGUGCUCGGGGGCGGGGAGGGGAGGGUGGGGGACCUCUAACAGGUAAAGGAGGACAGAGGGAGGCAGCACAGGCAAUUCCCACAGACACGGUGGGUGCCAGGCUUCUAAAUUCCUAGAAUGCCAAGUCUAAAACUAAGGCCACCAAGUGGACCGAGUUAGAGAGAUUAGCAGGCCAAGUGCUUGGAAGGACUGGUGGUGUUGGGGUUCUUGCCUUUUUAUCCCUCAGAAAUCGAGAGAAGCCCAAGGGGUCUUGGGAGCAGUUGUCCGUACACUCUCAUGCAGCACACGCAUGUUUGAGGCUGCUCGCCCGAGCUUGUCACUCGCACGCGUGCGGGCAGGUUUUUGCGCCGGCAAUUCUUGCACAAUGAAGCCCUUUGGUUUUCAAGCCCUGAUGCCACCUGGAGAGAUUUUUUUUUUUAAUCUUCUUAUAAUAAAGGCUAAAUAUGUAUAAAAUAAAACAUGUUCACUUCAAUUGUGGCUUCAGUUCUAUUAAAGCAAACCCUUAGAGGGCGGCAUUUCUGUCGGAAGUUAGUAUGUUUUUAGAAACAACCAAAAAAACGGAUAAUUUAUUCCAUGAAUAUUUUGUCUUCAAUUAAAUUCAGAUUCCAGUAUCCAUCCCGAGAUUCUGGAUUCACUUUGUCUGUGUAAUGGAAAUGCCAGCGCUGGGGAAAGUGCGCCCUCCCGACUCCUUGGCGUCUCUACGCCGUGCUAACACUCUGCCUUUUUGCUCUUUGUAAAUACGUCCGAUACGAUGGAAGCCCAGUGUCGUUACCUGCCAGUUCUGUGGCAGACACUUCAUUUCACCGUGUGGAAGCCAUCUGCACGGUGCUGUAAGAAAUAGUUAGCAAUGUUCUAUAAUGUAAAUGUUAGAGACUUGCCUGUAUUAAAAUAUUUAUCAUUUAAGUUAUAACAAGAAAUUUGACAUUUGUUUUAAUGGUUAAUAUUGUUAUCCACCUGCAGCACAUUUUAAUUGGCGUGAAACUGUAAAGGGAGGCAGGGGCAUUUAGACGCCAUGCUUUCUGCACUCUCCUCAAAUUCAUAUCAGGAUGUUUUGUUAUCUUCAGAUUACUUCUCAUCUGGUAAAAGUGCAUCAAAACAGUUGUGGCAGAAAUGGUGUUGUGCUCUGAAUCAAAGCCCAUGUUUCUGUCAAGAAUCUGAAUUGGUGAACUUCUAGGCUGGGGUCCCACCUAAAGUUCACACAAGCCUUUCUCUCAGGUAAAAGGUGAUGUGAAUUUAUGUUUACAAUUUGU